AUGUCUCCCUCCGACACUUCCUCCCUCGAAGAUCUACACAAGGAAUAUGAUUAUGUCGUCGUUGGUGGUGGUACCACUGGUCUAGUUGUUGCCAACAGAUUGACGGAACUUCCCUAUGUGAAUGUUCUUCUUCUUGAAGCUGGAAGCAACCGCCUUGAUGAUCCUCGAAUUCAGGUGCCGGGUCUCGCCGUCUCCACGUACUCUGACCCUGAAUUUGACUGGUGCAUUGAGACUACUCCUCAGGCUGGUCUUAAUGGUCGAGUCUUAUCAGAGCCACGGGGUAAGACAUUGGGUGGGAGUAGCGCCAUAAAUCUGGGUAUGGCUAUCUACCCCAGCCAAACUGACAUUAAUGCGUGGGAAGAAUUGGGCAAUGAGGGUUGGAGCUGGAAGACCAUGUCUGAAUGUAUGAAGAAGUCGCAGACUCUCACCCCACCUUCUGCGGCGAUUAAGGAGGAGCUUUCCAUCGACUAUAUCGAUCCUUCUGUUCAGGGUACUUCAGGCCCGAUCCAGAUCUCAUUUGGCGAGGGGCCUUUUCCUGCAUGCAAUGGCGCUUGGCCUAAGACUUUCCAGACUCUGAACAAAAAAAUUACUGGAGAUCCUAUGUCUGGAAUUGCCGACGGUGCCUACUGUAAUCCGGGAACUGUUCACCCUAUUACUAGACACCGCAGUCAUGCCGGCUCUGCUUAUUAUAAUGAAGAGGUUGCUAAGCGGCCUAAUCUGCGCGUGGUUACUGAGGCCCUUGUGCAGAAGAUACUUCUUGAAAAGGUAGAUGAUAAAGACCCUAAGGUGGUAGCAACUGGAGUCAUCUUUAUUGGUAAGGACGGUGUUAAGCGCACUAUUGCUGCUAAAAAUGAGCUUAUUUUAGCUGCCGGAGCUCUAAAGACUCCUCAACUACUUGAGAUUUCUGGAAUCGGCAAUGGUGCUUUACUUAGGAAGCAUGGAAUCGAGCCUAUUAUUAACCUCGAUGGUGUUGGAGAGAACUGCCAGGAACACGGCUUCGUUCCUUUUAGUUGGGAGGUUAUGGAUGACCAGGUGACCGCCGAGGCACUACGUGACCCGGUAAUUGCAGCCGGUGCUAUGGAAAUGUGGCAAAAAAACGGCUCAGGACCUCUAGGUCUUGUCGCUCUACACUCGUCAUAUGCCACUCCCCCCGAGCUCAAGGGGCCGGAAAUCGCAGCCCUUUUAGAGGAACAUCUCAAGGAGGAUGAUCUUGAUCUUACGCCUGGUCUUAAGGCGCAGUAUGCCAUCCUCACGCGGAUGCUUAAAGAUGAAAAUGAGCCUAUUGGGCAGUUCCAUUUGGGACCAUUCCAGAUCACGCCUGAGAAGGGACCUUCCGUCCCGGGAGUCUUUGGGAUGACCGAACCAGAGUGCUACUAUAGUAUUGUGGCCAUUCUUAACCGCCCCUUCUCUCGUGGUAGCACUCAUCUUGUAUCCACUGAUAUCCAGGACUCCCCUGAAUUUGAUAUCGGAUUCUUUAAACAUCCUAUCGAUAUCCAGCUUCAUGGACGCCUCACCCGCUGGUUGGAAACGAUCGCCGAGACUGCACCUAUGGCUUCGCUAUUUAAGCCUGGCGGUCGACGUCUACAGGAGUCUUCACCUGAUAUAUCUAUAGAGCAAGCUAUGAAGCUAACAAGAGAACGUAUUGUCGCUCAUUAUCAUGUUUGCGGUACUACUGCCAUGAUGCCAAGGGAGCUCAACGGUGUUGUCGACUCCAAGCUCCGGGUCUACGGCACAAAGAACUUACGCAUCGUCGACGCUGGUAUCAUUCCUAUUAUUCCCCGUGGCAAUAUUCAAUCUCUUGUUUUUGCCAUCGGAGAGAAAGCCGCCGAGCUCAUUGUGGCCGACGUCCCGAUCAAGUCUUCUCAUUGA